AUGAAAACCAUCAUCUACCUGAUCACCAUUACAACAGCCCUCGGUGGCCUGGUGUUUGGUUUUGAUUCAGGAAUUAUUGCCACGACCUUUGGCCAUGAAUCUUUCCGUGUCACCAUGUAUGGCCCGAGCCAGGUCAACGCGCCAUUGACAGGGGCAAUUGUGUCCCUGUAUAACGUCGGACAAGCAUUGGGCGGUCCAAUGGUGGGUUAUCUGGCGGACAAAUACAGUCGGAAAUACACCAUAUCGCUCGCUGCGCUCAUUUCUGUUGUUGGAGCGGUGCUUCAGGCUGCCGCCAUGCAUGUUGGCAUGAUGAUCAGUGGCAGAUUCCUCGCCGGUGUCGCCUGUGGCCAGCUCCUGGCCGUGGUUCCUGCCUACAUUGCCGAAAUCUCCCCUCCCGGACAGCGAGGCUUCCUUGUCGGCCUACAAGGCAUGAUGGUUGCCAUUGGUUUUGCGCUGGCGAACUGGGUUGGGUACUCCGGCUCCUUUGCUGCAGGGUCCGCGAGCUGGCGCAUUCCUCUUGCGAUGCAAAUUCCUAUUCCCCUGCUUCUGAUGGGAUUGGUGUUCUUGAUCCCAUUCACUCCUCGCUGGCUGGUGCAACAAGAACGCUAUGAAGAGGCUAAAGCAGUAUUGACUCGUCUUCGUGGCGGCGCCGAGGAUGACAAUCUAAUUGCCCAAGAGCUGAUCCAGAUACGUGAGCAAAUCUCGCUGGAGAAAUCGCAGUCCAACGCAUCGUGGAAUUAUGCACUCAAGGCCAUGUUUUCACGCCGCUAUAUCCGGCGUUCAUUGACGGCCGGCUUCAUCGUGGCCCAGGCACAGCUCUCUGGUGCCCCCGUCAUACAGAACUACCAAACCAUCUUCUACGCUCAAGUCGGCUUUACCGGACGCACCUCACUCCUCAUCUCAGGCGUGUAUGGCAUGAUGGGCGUCAUCGGAACUGCACUGUAUCUCACUCUCGUGGCCGACAAGUGGCCCCGCGCCCGGACACUCUGGACUGGGUCGUUAGCGUUGACCGUCAACAUCUCCAUCUGCAUGGCCCUCAGCGCCAGGUUCGGCAGUUCCGGCGACGACGGAGGCAACGGUGCUCGCGCAGCCAUUGCUUUCAUCUUCAUUUACUCGGCCGUGUUUGCCAUGUUCUUCAACGCCAUGAUCUGGGUAGUGCCGUCUGAGUUGUUCCCCAUGUUUUUGCGCUCCAAGGGUUUGGCAUUCGCUGUUUGCCUCAAGUCAAUUGUUGCCAUCGUUCUGUCGCAGAUCACGCCAACGGCACUAGCAAAUAUUGGGUGGCGGUACUACUCACUUUUCAUCGCCUGCAACUUCGUUGCUGCUGUGCUGUAUUUCUUUUACCUUCCAGAGACGGGAGGGAAAACUCUGGAAGAGAUCGCCGAGAUCUUCGGUGAUACAUUGGCCACCGAACAUGUUGGAGAGAUUGAUGUUGAUGCGAAGGCUGAGCUGCAAGGAAACGUUCAGGAGAUCGACAAUGCAGGGAACCGGGCGGCUGGUCGUGCUUGA